CUCAGGUGUAUAUAAAGCCGGGGACUUACAGGUGAGGAAGCACGCUUUGUGUCGAGCUUGACCGAACUUUUCCGAGUGAACUUCUACAUUCCUGGAGAGACUGGCGAGAUGAAAACUAUCAUCGUUCUCCUCUUCUUUUGUCUUCCUGUCAUCAGUGCUGCUCCGCUCCAAGACUCGCUCCUGUCGGCUCUGGAAGACCAGCCACCCGUCCCCACCAACUCUACACCACCCAGCGACAACACAACCACCAGCGCUGCACCACCCGCUACAGACCCACCCGCCAGCGAUGGAGCCGCGCCAAACGUCGUCGUCAUCAAUGACGUGGCGGAGGUGACGUCAGCAGCGCCACCUGAUGUCGGGGUGUCUGUGGUGAAGAUGGAGACGAAUAUGACUGAAACCACUGAAGCUGCUGCGGUUGCUGAAGCCGUGACUACCCCGGACAGUGCUGCAACCACAGUCACAGCUAAUGAAGCUAAUGAAGCUAAUGAAGCUACAGGUGCUCCAUCUCGACCAUAUGAUGUCACAGCACCGACAAACGACUUCCCAGCGUCCGCUGACAACAAAACAGACUCUCGGUCACCCUCACCUUUCACCCCUGAAACCUCAACAUCCACAGUGCCAGGAACAGCUGUGUCCGAUGUAACCACAACAAUGGUUGACGCCAUCAAUGGAACAAGAUUUCUGGAAUCUUCUACAGCAACCAUGCUUGACAGUGCAUCAUCGGCACAGACAGGUGAUACUGCAUCUUCUGACGUCACAACAAUGUCUACCAAUGAUACAGCAACGGUUGCUGAAGUCACAGCUCCCACAACCGCCGAAGUCGCUAACAUGACUGAGUCCUACCCAACGACAGGCACGGAAUCCAACACGACUACCUCGGGGGUGCCUGCUGCUGGAGAUGUAGCAUCGUCUGGUGUGGCUACAACGAUGAUUGGCCAAGACACAGCAUCUGAUGCCGCUACGACUACUUCCGCAGCUGUAGAGACAUUUGAGGUCGUGACGAAUAGUGAAGAGACAAUUGUAGCGACAAGAGUUUCUGCUACUAAAGCUGACGAAGUUGUAACACCAAGGGCAGCUGUAACACCUGAGAUUUCUACUAUACUUGACGGACUCACAACAAUGUAUCCAAACACACAAGCCGAGGUAUCCAUUACACCAUCGGCUACACCAGGGGCAGUUACAGAUGGGGUUUCUACCACAGCUGACGAUGCUACAACUCCAGCGGCAGCUGUAACAGAUGGUGUAUCUGCCGUAGUUUACGAUGCUACAACACCAGCAGUAGCAGUAACAGAAAAGGUUCCUACAGUAGUUGACGAUGCUACAACACCAGCGGCAGCUGUAACAGAAAAGGUUCCUACAGUAGUUGACAAUUUUACAACACAAGCGGCAGCUGUAACAGAUGAUGUAUCUACCAUAGUUGACAAUCUUACAACACCAGUGGCAGCUGUAACAGAUGGUGUAUCUGCCGUAGUUGACAAUGUUACAACACCAGCGGCAGCUGUAACAGAAAAGGUUCCUACAGUAGUUGACAAUCUUACAACACCAGCGGCAGCUGUAACAGAUGGUGUAUCUGCCGUAGUUGACAAUGUUACAACACCAGCGGCAGCUGUAACAGAAAAGGUUCCUACAGUAGUUGACAAUCUUACAACACCAGCGGCAGCUGUAACAGAUGGUGUAUCGGCCGUAGUUGACAAUGUUACAACACCAGCGGCAGCUGUAACAGAAAAGGUUCCUACAGUAGUUGACAAUCUUACAACACAAGCGGCAGCUGUAACAGAAAAGGUUCCUACAGUAGUUGACAAUCUUACAACACCAGCGGCAGCUGUAACAGAUGAUGUAUCUACCAUAGUUGACAAUCUUACAACACCAGCGGCAGUUGUAACAGAUGAUGUAUCUACCAUAGUUGACAAUCUUACAACACCAGUGGCAGCUGUAACAGAUGGUGUAUCUGCUGUAGUUGACAAUGUUACAACACCAGCGGCAGCUGUAACAGAAAAGGUUCCUACAGUAGUUGACAAUGUAACAACACCAGCGGCAGCUGUAACAGAUGGUGUAUCUACCAUAGUUGACAAUGUUACAACACCAGCGGCACCUGUAACAGAAAAGGUUCCUACAGUAGUUGACAAUGUUACAACACCAGCGGCAGCUGUAACAGAUGAUGUAUCUACCAUAGGUGACGAUCUUACAACACCAGUGGCAGCUGUAACAGAUGGUGUAUCUACCAUAGUUGACAAUGUUACAACACCAGCGGCACCUGUAACAGAAAAGGUUCCUACAGUAGUUGACAAUGUUACAACACCAGCGGCAGCUGUAACAGAUGAUGUAUCUACCAUAGGUGACGAUCUUACAACACCAGCGGCAACUGUAACAGAAGACGUUUCUACAACAGUUGACAAUGCUACAACACAAGGGCAAGCCGUAACAGAAGAGGUUUCUACCAUCGCUGACGAUGUUACAACUCCUGAGGCAGGUGUAACAGAUGAUGUAUCUACCAUAGCUGACGAUGUUACAACUCCAGGACCAGCUGUAGAACCUGUUACUUCUAAUACGGUUGACGAAGUCACGACAUCAGAGGCAGCUUCAUCGACUAGCGAAGCCACAUCUACGUCAACGACAAUAAAACCAUCUGCAGCAACGACUACAGGCUACUACAGCAAAACAACAACCUCACCUUUGAUGAUAACGACGACAAUAAUGAGAAAUUUGACGACAAUGGCGGAUAAGGAUUCUCACGAUGCCUGUAACUCCCAGGCGGCUGACAAGUGCUCGAGCGGCGCCAUGACUGACCUCAUGUCAGCUUUUGCCAUGUACAUGGUGGACCGGAAGGUGGACAGCCUCCUCCUGGCAUCUUGCAGAUCUUACCCUAUCUACCGCAAGUGCAUGGAGUCCGCCAUGUCAUCUUGCCCUCCUCGCCGACGCCUGGGCUAUGACGUCAUACUGGCUAGCUUAGACUUCAUCUGCUCGCCAGAGGGCGGUCGAGCCCUGGCGACCGUUGCUCCUUGUCUCCAAGACGAUCUGCUGGUCCGCGACCUUGGCUCUUGUCACAUGAACAUCAACACGGCGUUCUCCAACGUUUGCAGCGUGACCACCAGCUACUCGCGAUGUGUCACAAAAGUCUUUCGCCGCCAGUGCUCCAGAGUUGCCUCCCGUGGCAUCCGGGACAUACUGCACCACACCUUCGCCCCCUACAACACUCUCUUUAACUGCUCUACCCCGCAGCCCGCCACCAGCACCACCCCCACCCUUAACACCACCACCCCCUCACCCACUACCCCUCUUCUCAUCACAACGACAACACCACCGCCAACCACGUCUACUCCAAGAACGUCGACUACGACAUCAACAACAACUACUACAACUACAACUGCAAAAACGUCAACAACCAGACCUACAACCCAGCCCACCACAACAACAGCUCCCAGACCCGUUCAGUGCUUCGACUGUAACAGCGGCAACCCCCAGGGUUGGACCAACCCCCACUGCACUGCCAACGGCUACGUCAACCCUACCACCACCUUCAGCGUCACCUGCGCCACACGAAGCUGCUUUUCACGCAUGUCGCUGACACCAAAGGGAGCCGUGUACCGGGGCUGCUUGGACGGGUGGCGCCACAUGUUUCCUUCCGGUCAGUAUCCUACCUCCGGCUGUCGGAACAUGGGAGGCGAGACUUGGUGCUUCUGUGGAGACAACCGCUGCAACACUCACGACAUGACCGGCUUCCUGUAGUUACUUCCCCUGAACAGCGAAAAUGUCGGUGACAGAAGAUAACAUCAUCCACUCGGGGGACUCAUGGUGUCUACAGCUCCACAAACUGUGGUCCCCGAUAGUUUAUAGUGUGACAGUCUGGACAUGACACACACUGUGACACUGUACAGCUGAUUGUGUCAUGUGUCUGACACAGUGUGUUCACGCUGUGUUACACGCGGUAUACUUGUAUAAACUGUAAUCAGAUGAAUGUAUAUCCUCGCGAUAUGUUCAGCUCCACGACAUAUUCCCACCUUUAACCCCUGAGGCUUAAACACUGAUGCGACUUCUUUGAGGAUUUUUCAUUCCGAUUAAUUUUUCGAUAAGCUCUGUGAAGUGUUCACUGUUCACAUUUUAUAAUCAAAGCUGAAUACAACCGAAGCAUUCAGAGCAGUUACUGAAACACACAUCCUCAACAUGACAACGAGUCGAAAUGAGACUUUUAUGUUGUUUAUAUUUGCAGUUCAUUUGUGAAAAAAAAAGAUUUUUUUUUAAAUAUGGUGGGUGUGGCUUAUCUACUGGUGGACUCUAUAGACCGAAGUGUACAGUACUUGGCUUUUUCUUACAUCUGACAAUCUACAAACUUCGGUGUGGCAGAUGGAGCUAUAGAUCACGCGACAACAGUGACACAUGAAUCAUUCUGCUUCCGCCGGUGCCUGGAAGUCUGCUUCACCGGAAAUCGAACUUUGACCUCAUGCGAGUUGGUUCCCUCAGCAGAACUGAACAGUGAGCUGUGCUCGUGCGAUCACUCGCUGCCACAAGUCUGUGAGUUCACAUCACAGAAGUGAAACACAUGACUGUCGUGAUUAGUUUGUGAUUCUCAACUGUUGUCCUGUAGACAUCAUCAUAUAAAGGUUACAACAAACCACCCGUCACAUUGUUUAUGAUAUACAGACAUGUUUGUACAUAUGUCUCAUUCCACUGAGUGUCCUAUGCUGUUACUGAUGGCCCACAUUAUUGUACUGUGUUAUAUCUAACAGCCCAUUAUUCUGUCCUCGCACUCAGUAGACAAGUAGACGGUGUUCGUGCAUUCAGGUCACAUUUUUAUUGAAAUCCAUCAAGAACAUUCCUCUCACUUCAUCCUCUCUUUCUUCCUCCUAAUCCUCAACAUUCCCAGAUCACCAAGUCAUGCUGGCAUGAUGCCUGCUCAUGAGCAGAGUUUGUGAUAGCUACCCUGAUCACCAGGUGACAGCCUUAAUUGCUGGCUGAUGAGUAAAGUGUGUGAAGCAGCCUAUUAACCAGGUCACAGCCUGCUGAUGAGUUUUGUAAUGGCAGCUGAGGACCUCGAGCCACGAGCCACCCGAUGUCCGGGAAACCGAACCCUGUCAGGACACUACGCUGUGCUCACCCUCCUCACCGACACCACCUUUGGUGUGCGCUCCUACCACAACGACAACCCCCGACACUCAGUAUGAUUGCUUCCUCCAUCACCUAACAGCAGGAGUUCUCAUCACCUGCUUUUUUUGUUCUUUUUUUUCUUUUUUUCUUUUUUUUUUUUUGCAGGGAGGUGACAUCAUAUAGCACUCUCAGAAAUGAGUAAAGCUCAGUGGUUCACUACACGGGUGGUUCCACUACCAUUUGUGUAUUGAAAACGUAGCUUGUCUUCCUUUCUGGUGUCAUCAGCCAUCUGAAGAUUAGUUUCCACAUUGUACAAGUUGAAAAAAUGUCUUUAUGGGAAUGAAGGAAUAAAUGAAUGAAAGAGAAA